AUGUUAUUGGAAACUGGAAAGAAGUACACAAAUGACCAAUGUAGACAAAAAUUCAAUAAUAUAAGAGCAUUGUACAAAGAUUGCAAACAAAUAUUAUCUGAGACUGGUGUAGGGUACAACAGUGAAACUGGAAUGAUUGAGUUGGAAGCUGAAAGAUGGGUUCGAUUGUGGAAGGUUAUCAAGCAUGGCAAAAAAAUAAAAAAACAGGGGUGUAAGAAUUAUGAGCAGAUGGUAAGGAUUUUUGGGAAUAGACAUGCUACUGGCAAGCAUGUUCAUCCUUGUACAAAGCCACCCAGACCUCACCAAGUGCUAAUAAUGCCUCAAGUGGCAACACAUGAAGCUCAAAUUCAUAACACUGAGGGCAAUGUGGGCAUGAUUGAUGUAGAACGACCUAAUGUAGAAGGACCUAUUGACCUCAGUCCUACUCCCAAACCUGUAGCUAAGAAACAGAAGAAAGAAACUUUUUCAGAAACAAUGUCUUUAGUGAUGGAAUGUUUGACUAAUAUUAGAAACGCGAAAGCUGAUAAAAUUGCAAAAGCCAUAACAGAAUCAUCUUCUAGUUGUCAACCACCUCGAUUUACCGAAAUGCUUAAAGUGACAUCUCCCAAUAAAAAAGAAAAAGAAAUGGAUCCCCAGCUUGAAAAGUGCGUUAAGAUCGUCAACACAUUAGUGGGGAUUGAUGAUACCCAUUAUGCUAAGAUCAUAAAGAUGUUUGGUAAGGACAAGGUGUGGAGGGACAUAUUUCUUCGCAUUCCUGAUGAAAGGAAGGUUGGGAUAGUAGCUAUGGAUAUAAGGACAAUAUUAACCAUUUAUGAUGAUGAUGAUGAGGAGGAAAUUCUUGUAUUGAUCGCAGCCGUAUAUGAGUACUAUUAUAAACAUUUUGAUAAGCAACGUUGUAGGGAUUCCAUGUUACAAGGGGAAGAUUACAUAUUCGAGGAAUAUCGUAGACAUACUAGAGGACCACGUGGAGAAGAGGUAUACAAUUUUAGGCACUCGUCAUUGAGGAAUAUCAUAGAGCAAUGUUUUGGGUUGGUAAAGAUAAGAUUCGCUAUAUUGAAGCAAAUGACCCCUUAUCACUUUGACACUCAAGUUCUUAUUGUCAUUGCCUGUUGUACAUUGCAUAAUUUCAUAAGAUCCCAAGGUGAAUCUGAUGAAAUUUUUUAUUCUGAAACCCCUCAAUCUUCACAAAAUGAACCUGAUGUGGAUGACGAUGUUCAGGUGUCACAUAUUAAUGCAUUUAUGUGGGUGGAUGAGUUGCACCAAGGUGCAAAAGUUAAAGAACAGGUUCAAUCUGACUUGGACAGAGUCAUUGCAAUGAUUCAAAAUGAACAAUGUAGACAGAAGUACAUGCUCUUCCUAGGUUGUGGAUGUCUUGCUAUCACAAUCAUGUUUAUUGUUAUUGUCCUCUUGUUGCUCAUUAUCGUUGUUAUUGAAAGAUGA